ACGCUUGGAGGCGGCCGUGCAGCCACUCUCGGUCCUGCACCGUAACACGACGACACUCCAGCCUGGCGCUGUGGCGUCGCGGCCACUCGGUCCCUCGCGCUACCCGUGCCUGCAGUGUCACCCGCCGCCCCUUGGAUACAGUGUGUGUGAUUCAGUGACAUCGGCCCUAGCCGGCCCAGCCAAAGCAAACGGAUACCAGUGCUCGUGUGUGUGAAACAGGCAGGAAAGGAGGUUGAAAAAGAAGUUGGUGCGCCCGCACGCGUGUGUGUGUGAGUGUCUGCCUGGAGGCCAUGCGGCAGCGUACGUCGCUACGGCGAGUGUAGAAACGAGUUUGAGUCGUGCCCGCGUGUGUGUGCGUGAGACUGCGUGCGUGUGUGUGCGCCGUGCCCUGCCGCGAUGGGUUAACAGUGUAACAUGUGCGAGCAUCAGCGGGUGAUGCCCUUCGCCGACAGAGACAAACGUCGCACCAGCAAGACCUACCUUCUCGCGUACCGCCAACACCUGCUCGCCGCCAUCCGCUCCGUCAUGGCCUGGCACGAGCGGCGGACGUCGCCGACGUCGUACCGGAGCCUGUUCUGCUUCCUGGCGGCCUCCUUGGCCUUCGCGCUGGGGCUGGUGGUGGGCGUCAUGAUCCCCCUGUGCGUGCUGCCGAGGCACGCCGACGCUGCCAUCCUGCCCGCCGCGCGCCCCUUCAACGUGACGGCCAUCAACCACGUGCGCGCGGACGAGGACGAGGACGGUCGCCGCCAGUGGCGCGUCACCCCCAACGACAGCCGCAGCGAGCCCAGCACCACGCCGUCGCCGCCCCGCUUCCCCAGCGUGUCCUUCGUGUCGCAGUUCGCGGCGUCGCCGCCCGUGCUGGCGUCACUGUCCAACAGCAGCGUCGUCGCCAUGCUGCGCGGCGAGUCCCCCGAGGACGCCACCACGCCGCCGUCGCCGUCCUCCGCCGCGGACGCCGCCAGGGUGGUGGGCGGCAUCUACUGGGGGCAGCCCGUCGAGGACGCCAUGCCCAAGGGCUUCUCCGAGGCCGAGGUGGAGGCGUGGCGGCGGUUCACGCGCACCACGGCCAUCGUCAAGAUGGAAGAGGGCUGCGGGCGCAUGCAGAACCGCCUGCUGACGUUCGCGGAGGGCACGGCGUCGUGCUGCCGCUACCGCCAGAACACGGACCAGAUCCAGGGCGAGCUCUUCAGCUUCUUCCUGGGCCACCUGCUGGGGCUGCGCAACCUGGCGCCGUCCACGCUGUCCGUGGUGCGGACGCGGGACCCCCGCUGGGGGCAGGUCCGCGACCGCGUCACCGUGGCCGAGUGGGCCGAGGACAAGCCCGUGGUGCUGACGCGGUUCGUGCCCUCGCUGCAGCCGGCGCACAUCCCCAAGGCCCUGCGCGGGCCCAACCGCCGCCUGCACCCGCCGGACGUGGAGGGCGACAUGGCCGGGCUGACCGAGUUGGCGCAGUGGUCCGACCUGGUCGUGUUCGACUACCUGACCGCCAACCUGGACCGCGUGGUCAACAACCUCUACAACCAGCAGUGGAACAAGGGCAUGAUGGACGCCCCCGCGCACAACUUGGCUCGCGACCCCAACACGGGGCUGCUCGUGUUCCUGGACAACGAGAGCGGCCUGCUGCACGGCUACAGGCUGCUGCGCAAGUACGAGAACUACCACCGCCUGCUGCUGGACCAGCUGUGCGUGUUCCGGCGGCCGACCGUGGACGCCUUGCGGCGACUGCACCGCGGUGGCGACGUCGGCGACCUGCUGCACGAGGCCUUCUACCGCGCCGAGCCCAAGGGCAGGGAUGUGCUGCCCGGGCUGCCCACCCGCAAUGUCAAGGUGCUCAAGGAGCGCAUCGCCCUGGUGCUGGGCCAGGUGGAGCGCUGCGAGGCGCGUUACGGUGACAGGACUCGCACAUCAGCGUGACGACCGCGCCACGCCACGCCCCCCACGCGACCGUCUCCCUCGCACCCUCGGCCGGCCAGCCUGGGCCAGCCUUAGCCGGCCUGUGAGGCCUGUGGGUGUGACAGAGACGGAUGGCGGCCGUAGACAGCUAGAAUGGGCGCUCCUACACGUGUGACACCCCCACCAAUCGACCAGGUAUAGAAGCCAUUCGAGUCAUCGUCCCUUCGCCCUUUCUGCCAUCAAAAUUCAGCAGGGUAUCACCAUAUAUGUGGGUCGUCAUACCCAGGGACCGUCAGGGACCCGAAGGGGCAAGGGGGCGGAGGGGCGGGCGGACGGCCGGGCCGACAGACAGUCUGACAUGGGCCGGCAGGGCCGGCAGGGCCGGCAGGGCAGGUCCGUCAGGGCAGCCUACAAGCCCGGGCCAACACAUUCCUAAGCCUCUGAGGGCCCGUCCCACAUGGUCCCAGUGCCAAUCUCAAAGAAAAGUUAUGUACUUUUGUUUCAUUUUACGGUCAUAUAGAAAUGCCGGUUUUUGCUUUUAAAUGACAUUUUUCUCUUUUCGAUCCCGCCGUUCCGCUGGUUGUGUUUGCAUCACUGGACCGGCUGCAGGACUGUUAAAAUUUUUAAACGAGCCUGGAGUGGUAGCCCUGCCCUGUGGAUAGAUCGGCUGGACGAUAGACCGACAGCCGGGCAGUUCGUCCACCAGACAGACGAUAACUAACGACCAUCAACUGUAUUCUGUGCUUGUAUUUUCAAACGGUUUCAAGUUUUUUCUCUUUCUUUUUGAUCAUGCCCGCUGCCUUUGUUUGGAAAGAAUGUAAUUUCCCCGUCGAUUUUCACUCUCUGCAUUAUAAAAUUGAUUUCGAGACACACAGCUGGCUCCAGCAGGCGUUCAAGCUUGGAAAUUCGGUAGUCAUUUAUUUUGGAGACGGCGGACAUAACUUGUUGUUGUGCCACACCGCAGCUCUGAAAUAAAACGAAUGCACACCGUGGAAGCUUGAUCGUGUCUUCUUUGCAUCAAUUUUCUCGCUGUUGCGUGUUCUCAAAGCGCACGCACGGUUCCAUGCUGGCAAUGUAGCAUUUCAUGUAUGGUCAGGACAGUCGUAACUUCUGCCUGCUUACGGCCUUUUUUAUUCUCUUGUUCCUUGAUAAUGCAUUGUUUUCCCGAGUUUCGCCGUCUUUCCCCUUCUGCCCGGUAAUAUGAUCUGUUGUCGUGGAAAUUAAGAGCGCUCUUUUACUGUCAUGGGUCAUAAAACUGUGAUUCGAACUCAACUCGGAGACCUGUUCCAAUUCUCGGGUUAGUCGCAUCUUGCAUGUUCUGCGGCAUCGUACUAAAGGAUGCAUGUCAUUGAGGAAUUCAUUACAGAUUUCUCGUGGCAUGUGUCAUUUUCUUUAUGGCUGAGGUUGUCAGUCAGUUCGCUUUCAAAAAGUGUGCACCGAAAUAAUUUAAAACACGCCACAAAGUCUCUUGUUUUGACUGAAAAAUGUGGCAUGUGCCAGUACCUGCUUUUAUGAUGCUUGGAACCUGUCAUCUUGAGUGUUUUUGAGUUGAGACCCUUGUUAGCCUAAACGUGAUUUUUCAUUGAAUCACUCCUUUAGUCAUUGUGAUUUUUUGUGAUGUUCCAAUUAUAUGUAUGUUGUUUGUAUUUAUUUGUACACUGUUGUAAAUCUCGUGUGUAUUUCUUGUACAGUUGCUAUUUAUUUACUACAGAAAGAUUCAUCUUCUGCCGUUGUAUGACAAACCAUGCAGUAGAAUGAUUCAAAUUGUAUUUUUUGAUGUGUCCCUGAACAAGCAGAAAUGUUUGUUUUGUGGUGUAAACUGGGUUGCAAUGCAAAAUUUCGCACGUGACCCCGAGGUAUCCGUAUCUACCUGCAGACUUAUUUAUUUUAUGUGAUAUUAAAUUAGAAUUGAAUCUUGUAGAUAUGUUGUUAUGUAUAUUUUUUUAGAGUAAUCGAGGAAUAGUAUUUAUUUGUGACGAAGGCAAUUCAUUUUAUCGAAACUUUGUGUACCACGUAGGAACCCUCUCCAUGAAUGCAAAUUAAAGGAUUCUAGUACAGGGCUACUUUUUUUCUCGAAGACCCGAUUUGUGAGAAAUCUUUGGCCCUCGACCGACCAAUGACACCAUAAACGAGACCUAACUCUAGGAAUUCUUAAGGACCUCUUAGGAUCAGUAGUUUCAGAUUCUAUAGGCUGACCGGACGACAUAAUAAAACGUCCCGAAAGAAAAGAAAGCUCAGUAGUUGUGCGUGUGUGCGUGUGUGUGCUGUACUUCUCUUUUUCUGUCAUUUCGGUUUUAAGUUCGUUUGAUCAGUGCGCCAUGCAUUCACUUUUGUCAUGUACAAAAUAGAGAGUAAUCAGCGUUUCUGUUGUCAAAUUUCUCACAAAUCCAUUAUGAUGCUAGUCGGUAUGAUUCAUGUUUUAUUUCCACAUUGUCAUCAUGAGGUCCAACGAAAUGUUUUGUGCAAGUUAAUGUUUAUUUCUGUCUGUUUGAAAAUUCGUUCUUGUUAUGUGCACUGAUUUUGUUGUCAUUCUUUUGUUAUGUUAUUGCCAUGUUUUUUGCCUUCAGUGUAUCAGUCUAUAAUUGAAUGGUUUCUUUUGAUGACGUCAGCUCAUCUUAUAGUAUUACGUUGGCUCGGCGUUGAGUUUUCACUGCAUCAUUAUCAAGAUUUUAAAAUUGUACAUACGAAUUUCUGUAAAAAGAGGCCUGUAAAUGUGUUAUGGUGUGGCUGGAAAUGCGCACCCGACGUAAUGCUGUAAGACGAGCAUAUAUGUGUAUCAGUUUUUAUUGAAUGAAUUGUUUUGUGGUAUGUGAAAUGUCUUCAGUCAAUAUCCAAAGAGAAUGGAAAAAAAUAAAAGCAUUUUAAUUGAAA